UAAACAUUUACUGUCAAAAUUACUUUUCGUUUUCAUCUCUAGAGGAGAGGAUUUGUUUUCUCUGCUGAAAUCUGUGCAUCCAAACUGUUCGACAAAAUGAAUGAACGAACUCGUCGCAUUAGUCAUGGUUUGAAUGGCGAGUGAGGAUGAUGCAGUGAAGAAGGCAAUGAUAGUAGAUGCUCGUGCAAGAAACAUUAGUCAUAAUGUGAGGUGCACGGAGUGUGGGAGUCAAUCCAUUGAGGAUUCUCAAGCAGACAUUGCCAUUUUGCUCAGGAAGUUAAUUCGUGAUGAAAUUCAAUCUGGAAAGACUGACAAGGACAUCUACAAAAAGCUUGAGGACGAAUUUGGAGAGACUGUACUCUAUACGCCCAAGUUUGAUAUGCAGACAGCAGCUUUGUGGUUAUUACCGCUCUUAAUUGCAGGUUCAGCUGCAGGAGUAUGGGCUUACAACAGGCAUAAACAAAAGACUAAUGUCCACAUCAUGGCUUUGAACCUUGUUAGAGGUGUUCCAUUGACCCCAAAAGAGAAGGAAACAAUGCUUGAUAUUCUUACACCACCUCGUUCCCAGGGAGUUAGGACACCCUUCUGGUGGAGGAGAUGGCUAGGUCAAUGAUCACGUUGACUAUCUACUAUUUUGGCUUUAGCCUACAAAGAUAGCGAAACUUCCAUGUGGUACAUGUUUGUGAUUAUACUAGUUUCAGUCUUAUGCUAAUGCACAAUUUUUCAAGCCUGGUAUUUUAGUUUUAUUUGUCAACGCCCAAGCUUGGUGCAGAUAUAGUACAUGCUAAGAAUUAGCUGGAUUUCAUUGCUAAAGUUCCAUACCAAUCCCUAAAGUCUUCUGUAUUCGAGUCUUGACAUCCAGGAUUUCUGGCAUUAUGAUGUAUUUCUAAUGUUAAUGUAGGAUGUCUUUUUAAAAUUCUAUUGGUUGUGGGUUUAUGAGAAGAUUUACAUCAAGAAAUAGUUCGUAUGAGUGAAGAACCAUUUGAACCAAUGCCAUAAGGACAAAAAUGUGUUUAAAUGUAUUUUUAUUUGCGUAUUAAACUAUUGUGAUUAACGCAGAGAA